AUGUCCGCCAGCCCUUCACCGCCCAACCCCGGCCAACCCAAGCGAACGCCCAAUGCCCCACCACCACCCUCCGUCCUCCGCCGAGCCACCCCCGGUCUCCUCGCCGGCGGAGCCGCCCUCACCCUGGCAUGGGUCUAUUUCCGCGCCUCGCCCAACCCAGCACCCAACCCUCUCCACACGCCCGGCGUGAGCAACAUAGAGAAGGCCUACCGCGGCGCUGGCGCCACAGGGACUCACACCCCCGCCUACGGCGGAACGGAACAGGGAGAGCGGAACAGCGAAGCGUUCAGGGGUGAUGCGGAGGGGACGCAGAAGAAGGAUGGACCGCCCGAAGCCAAGAGUGCGGGGAAGAGGGAGUUCAAGGUUAGCGGGCCGAAUGAUAGUAAGGAUGGGCCGAGGGGGGAGGGGAGUGGGAGUAACGAUAUUGGAGAGGUGCAGAGGCCGCCUGGGUCUCAGGCUAUGGGGGCUGGGAAAUUGUGGAAUCGCGCCAAGUAUGGCAAUGAGGAUCAGAAAUGA